AUGCAUAUCUUGGUAGUCAACGAUGAUGGGCCGCCGAACAAGCGCCUCUCUCCCUAUGUCCGCCCACUCGUCGACGAGCUCCACGCCGCUGGCCAUGAAGUCUCAGUCGCUAUCCCUGCGGCCUCACGCUCAUGGAUCGGCAAGGCCCACCUGAUCGAAGCCUCCCUGACCGCGAGCUUCGUGCACCCGGACUCCUUCCGCGACGACGGCUCGUGGGACGAGCACUUCCAGCCGGGCCCAGAAAACGCCCACCUGCGCGACUGGGUCGUGGUCCAGAACGGCACCCCUGCUAGCUGCGCCCAGCUCGGCCUGUACAAUCUCUUCCCGGACCGCCCACCCGUUGAUCUGGUGAUCUCCGGUCCCAACCACGGCCGCAACGCCUCCACCAUCUACAACCUUUCCUCCGGCACCGUCGGCGGCGCCCUUGAAGCCGUCUUCUGCAGCCAGCGCGGCAUCGCCAUCUCCUUCGGUAGCAAGGACCCCCAGCCCGCCGACGUCAUUGCCGCCGCCGCCCGUCUCGCCGUCCGCAUCGUCGCCCACCUGUGGCGCAACUGGGAUUCCCGCGUCGAGCUGUAUAAUAUCAAUGUCCCCAUGCGCAUUGACGUCGAGUCCCAGCCCGUGCUGUACACCCGCACUCUGCCGUACUACUGGUCACGCGGCUGUCUGUACGCCGAGACCGACGCGCCGCUGAAGAGCACAGGAAAGCCCGUCACGAACGGUGUCCCUGAGCAGCGCAGCGAGGUCGUGGUCAAUGGCAUCAAUGGCCACGUGAACGGCAUCUCGCGCCCCAAGCAGCGCAGUUUCAAGUGGUCCGCCGACUUGUCCGAUAUGAAGAAACGGCUGCAAGAGAGCGAGGAGGGCACCGAUGCGCACACCGUGCUGAACGGGUCUACCAGUGUUACGGCGCUCCGCGCGAACUUCUGGCAUGUUCCUGGGCUGGAUGGACCUCUGCACUUGGAGCAAUGA